UUCUCUCUUUCUCUUUUUAUAGUAUGUAGCUGUUUGUGCUUAACAGGUCACUCUUCACUCUUGUACUACCUCACAGAACCGUGUUUUAUUUUAUUUUAUCCUAUUGUUACAUGUUACUCGUUUUUAUGUUUUAUGUAUGCACCAAUCAUUAAGGCAAAUUCUUACAUGGCAGUAAACACAAUUCCGAUUCUGAUUCUUACAUUUUCCCGAACACCUGAAGCAGCAGAUACCUGACACCUCAGCCCUCCCUGUGCUGCAGCUUCUCUCCUCCUCCACUGACUCCACCCUGUGGAGGUUUAAAAGGCCUUGAGACACGUCACUGUGGUCAGACAUCUGCUCACCAGGUUCCCUUCACUUUGCAUCUCACUGACUUCAGUCUCUGCCCAGAUUACCUGUACCUGUUACCUGCAAGUCUUAUUCAGUUCGCUUCAUCUUCUUACUAACCCGCAUUUCACUCUAAGGUAGUUUUCUUCUUCUCGUUUCCCUCCUUAUCUUCUUCUAGCUGUUUUAACCUCUCUCUCAUUCAUCCUACCACCUCCCUCUCCACCAUGAGUCUGAGUCGUACCAAGCGAAUCAGCUCCAGUAACUCCGUCCGGAGCAGCAGCGGGUCCAGGAGGCUGAGCGGUUUCGGUCCAGUUCAGGGGGGGUUCAGCGGCAUUUCCCUGAGCAGCAGCUCUCUCUACGCCGGAACCAACGGCCAUCACCACGGCCUGGGAGCCCCGCUGGCAACCCUGUCGGUCAACAAGAGCCUGCUGGCCCCCCUCAACCUGGAGAUCGACCCCAGCCUGUCCAUGAGCCGAACCCACGAGAAGGAGCAGAUCAAGAGCCUGAACAACCGCUUCGCAAGCUUCAUCGAUAAGGUACGUUUCCUGGAGCAGCAGAAUAAGAUGCUUGAGACCAAACUGGAGCUGCUGCAGGGCCAGGGGGUGGGCCGGUCCAACGUGGAGCCCCUGUUCGAGGCCUACAUGGCCGGUCUAAGGCGCCAGAUGGAUCUGGUGAACAACGACAAGACCAAACUGGACGGGGAGCUGAGGAACAUGCAGGGCCUGGUGGAGGACUACAAACACAAAUAUGAGGACGAGAUCAACAAGAGAAACAACUUGGAGAAUGACUUUGUCAUCCUAAAAAAGGACGUGGACUCGGCCUACCUGGUGAAAGCUGACCUGGAGGAUAAGGUGGGAUCUCUGACUGAUGAAAUCAACUUCCUGCGCAACAUCUAUGAGGAGGAGCUGCGUGAGCUGCAGGCCAGCAUCAAAGACACCUCGGUGGUGCUGCAAAUGGACAACAGCCGCAGCCUGAACAUGGAGCAGAUCGUAGCCGAGGUGAAAACGCAGUACGAGGAGAUCGCAGCCCGCAGCCGGGAGGAGGCAGAGGCCUGGUACAAGAGCAAAUUCGACCAAAUGUCGGUGCAGGCCAGUCAGUACGGAGACGAGCUCCGCAUGGUGAAGGGAGAGGUGGCCGAGGUCAACCGGCUGAUCAGCCGACUGCAGAGCGAGAUCGAGGCCGUCAAAGCGCAGCGCGGCAGUCUGGAGAACCAGCUGGCUGAGGCGGAGGAGCGCGGAGAGCUGGCUGUGAAGGAAGCCAAAGCCCGGACCAGAGACCUGGAGGACGCCCUGCAGAGGGCCAAACAAGACAUGGCGAGACAGCUCCGAGAGUACCAGGACCUGAUGAACGUGAAACUGGCUCUGGACAUUGAGAUCGCCACCUAUAGGAAGCUGCUGGAAGGAGAGGAGGACAGACUGGGACAGCAGUCCAUCCUCAACAUCCAGCCCGUCUCCAGCUACAGCACGAAGAGCACGAACGGCUUCCACAGCAACAGCUGCUCUCCUGCCCCGAAACUGCUGAUCAAGACGACUGAGACCAGAGACAGCAGCAGAUACAGCAUUCACUGAGAGGACACACACACACACACACACACACACAGUGUAACCAAGUACAUGUACUCAAGUACAACUACUUUCUUCUUUCUUUAUACUUCGACUCUGCCACAUUUCAGAGGAAAUCAUGGUACUUUUUUGCAAUUAUUUGACACUCACUAGUUACUUUGCAAGUUGAGAUUUUUGCACACAAAACAAAUGAAAAUACAAGUAGAAGUACAGUGUAGAAACAGAGUUACUGCUUUAUACAUAUAUAUUUUUACUGUAGUAACAUUGUGAAUGCAUGGGGCUAUACUUGCUUGUAAUUUUUGCAGUGUGGUAUUAGUUAAGUAAAGCACCUGAGUACUUCCUCCACCACUGCAUGUGUGUACUACGAUACACAAUCAUAUACCCAUGAUAAAACAACAAUGAAGAUACUUCACACACACACACAUCUAAAGUUUUAUUUCCUCUAAAUGUAUACAGGAGGGUCAUUUAGUCACUAACUUUUACUUGGUGUAGAAUGAAGGAAAAAUAAAACUGCGUAUACGUCUAAACGGGGAACAUGAGGUGCAGAUAGAGCUGGGAAUUGUUGGCUUUCAUGUAGGUUUCACCAUAUGAACAUUUUGUUGAACGUGGGUUGUCGGCUCCAUUUUGGACUUUAGUUUCAUCACGGGACCUUUAAUCCUCUUUGAUUGCUAACAAACACUGUAGUCCACUUCUGUAUGGUUUUCUAUACUCAGUUAAUCUUCGGUGAGAUUAGAAGAAAGUUUAAAAUGAAGAUAAUUCUGUGGUGUGUGUGCUGAGCCACACAUUUUCUGUCCUUUUGUUUAGCGGUUCAGUUUACUCUGAAGGCCUUUCUGUGGGAAUGUCCUGUUCCUGUUGUCAGAGCCACUUCUUCAUCUGCUCAUGUGCUCGUUUACGUUUCUUUGUUGCUUUUCUUGCUUUCACAAAUAAAAGCAAUCUGAACAAA